CACCUUUUCCACUUCCAAGGCAGAGCAAGGUUGGGAAAAUAUAUUUCAGUCCUACUUUCUGCAUUAAAGCAACAGAAAAAUGGCAAAUUUAAGAGUCAUCAUCUUCCUGAUUUUCUUCUUGUUUCAGGUUCAAAAAGGAAUAACAACCAGAGGAGAGACUACAACUGUUAAAACAAAUACAUCAGAAUCAUCAGUGACAUGGGGCAACACAAGUUCACAAGAUGCAGGUAGCCAGCAAACUACGAGAAUCCCAGGUGUGCCUUGGCUUACUGUCUGGCAGCCAGAAAGCCAGAGGCAACCAUACUGCAGCCAUGUUUUGGAGACAAAAGUGUCAAGUAUUCCUUCAGUGACAGACACUUUCACCAUUGUACCAUCUACAGGAAGCAAAAACACAACAUUUGAAACAGUAACCUCUCAGAAGAAUGAAACAACAGUUAACACAACCACUGCUACUCAGUCAACAUUUAUCUCUGUGGCAACUACUAGACUGGCUACAUUCUCUAUGAUGUCAAUCAGCAAGGCUGAAUUAACAGAUCCUGCGUCUUCAUUACAGCCAACUUUAACUACUUCUGCAAAUGGAUCCAGUCCUUUGUCUGUACUAGCCUUUGCGGUGAUCAUCCUGAUCCUGAUCCUUGUAAUAGUUGUGGUGAUCCUCGUCAGUGUCAUCAGCCUGCGGUUUAAAUGCUGUGAUGUUCAGGAUGCAUCAAUAGAUUCAAGGAAGGCGAGAAAUGCUGCACCAUCAGAAAGCUCUCAGGCUAAUGGAGAAAAAGAGAGCAUUACUCUGGUUUCUAUGCGAACUCUAAGUACUGAAACUGCAGGACCAGAACCAUUAAUGCAGAGGUCUCUUCAGAAUGAUGCCAUUGAAGCUGGUGAGACUGAUAAAAACUUCCAACAAAUAAAUAAUACAAAGUUGGUAUCAAGAAAUUGACAGAGGCCAAUGCUGCAGAUAGGUAUAAACUCCGGAGAAGCAUGGAGCGAAUCUUACAAUGCAACAUUGUCAACUCAAUCUGUUCGUCUUCCCUAUUAGUACAUGGUUCUCCCUUUUACUUUAAAUAAAGCAAUAUCUGAAACAUUUUUACAUGCUAUUAUGGACUAAUAAGUGAACUAUAUUCCAGAGUGCUUCACCACUUGGGGAGCUAAAGUAACAUUUAUAUAAGCUGUAACUUUGUAAAUUAUUGUUUUGUUACUUAUCAUUUCUGUCAAUAGAUGUGUAAAGAAUAAUGAAGACUAAACAAGAUGAAACACUGAGAAUUUUAAGUGUAUGAUAUUUGAAUUUGUUUGAUUAUUAUACAUGUUACAGAGGCAUGUCCUCCAUUCAAAACUUUGAUUUGUUCUGAGAAGAUUAGAUUCAGAGAGGGAAAUAGAGCUUAACUUUGCUUCUAAACUUCUGUUUACCCAAUUUUCAAAUCCGUAUACACAAAAAUGCCAGUCCUGUUGUUGAAAAAACAAUUAUCUACAACUUCCAAUACGACAAAUACAUGUCGGUAAAUACAUGAAGUGGAAUACAUAGAUGUUUAAUUAAUACAUUUGGACAUAUUUAGUUCCUUCAUGACUCUAUCUCCCCAUUGCAUCAUUUCCAGUUCCUUUAGUAAGUAUAAAGUUAUUUUCUGGCAAAAAUGCAUAAAAGUAAAUGGGAUGAAUGUACCUGCAGUAGAACCUGGAUUUUUGACAGGACUCUUAUAGACCAGAUUUUGUCCUACACAGGUUCAAAAGUACGUGCAAGGUCUUGUGGAUGAGCUUGAACAUCAUUGCUUGUGAAACGUCUCAACCCAAACCUUACAAAUAAAUAAUGCAUGAAUGAGGGGCCAGUCUGGGGAUUCUCAGAUAGGAUUGGCUCAGGCCUAUCAAAAGUUUUUUUUUUGUAAAAUGGGGGGUGGUAAGCCAGUAAGAUGAGAUAUAUUAACUCCAGAAAGAUGGCAAUGGAUGUCAUCAAGAGGAAUUUAGGUUAGAGAUAAGACCAUAAGACAUAGGAGCGGAAGUAAGGCCAUUCGGCCCAUCGAGUCCACUCCGCCA